CCGAUUGGACUCUUGUUCUAUUUCAGUAUUUCACCACCAUUUUUUCUCACUAUAUACGGUUUUUUUUUCUUCUAAAACCUUUCUGGAAAAUAUAAUUGAUCCAGAUAUCUCCACCACCGCCCAUUCUGACCCGCUCAUACUUGUAUCUUUGCCCAAUUUAAUCCAAAGAUUUUAUAGGUGUGAUUCAGAUUCACCCAAAUUAAACCCUAAAGGCCUAAACCAAGCAAACUCAAUCAAUCAAUAAUAAUAAUAGCGGGUGGAAUUGUACGGAAGCAAAGAAGAUGGCGGCGGGGGGAUCGAGUAGUGAAUUGGUGUUGAAAGGGUGGUGUGAGGGAUGCAGAUCGACGGUGGAAUUGUACGGAAGCAACUGUAAACACAUGACCCUUUGUGUUAAUUGUGGCAAAGCCAUGGCCCUCCGCCACGACAAGUGCCGUGAUUGUGGCCAAACCAUCACCCGUCUUAUCCGGGAAUAUAAUGUCCGGGCUAGCUCCCCCACGGAUAAGAAUUACUUCAUUGGGCGAUUUGUUACUGGCUUACCAACUUUCUCUAAAAAGAACAACAACAAAUGGUCUCUCCAGAAAGAAGGCUUACACGGACGUCAAAUCACCGAUACCCUUAGGGAGAAAUUUAAGAACAAACCUUGGCUGUUGGAAGAUGAAACCGGACAGUUCCAGUACCAGGGUGUUCUUGAGGGUGCACAGACCGCGACAUACUACCUUUUAAUGCUACAGGGCAAGGAGUUUGUUGCCAUCCCUGCUGGUUCAUGGUACAACUUCAACAAAGUUGCGCAGUAUAAGCAACUUACUCUUGAGGAAGCUGAAGAAAAGAUUAAAAAUAGAAGGAAAACUGCUGAUGGUUAUGAGAGAUGGAUGAUGAAAGCCGCAAACAACGGGGCUGCUGCUUUUGGUGAAGUUGAAAGAUUUGAUGACAAGGAAAGUGGCGGCGGUGGGGCCGGACCCAGAGGACGUAAAAAGAAUAAUACUGAAGAUGAUGAAGCAAAUGUGUCAGACCGUGGGGAAGAAGAUGAAGAUGAAGAGUCCGCUAGGAAAACCAGGCUUGGUCUUAACAAGAGAGGAGGCGAUGAUGACGAGGAAGGUCCUAGAGGUGGUGAUCUUGACUUUGAUGAUGACGAUAUUGAGAAGGGUGAUGACUGGGAGCACGAGGAAAUUUUCACAGAUGAUGAUGAAGGUGUGGCUAACGACCCUGAGGAACGUGAAGAUCUUGCCCCUGAAAUCCCCGCUCCUCCUGAAAUCAAGCAGGAUGAAGAAGAUGAGGAAGACAAUGAAGAAGAGGAAGGGGGUCUGAGCCAAUCUGGAAAGGAGUUGAAGAAGCUGCUGGGGAAAAAUAAUGGAGUGAAUGAAUCAGAACCAGAACAGGAGGAUGAUGACGAUGACGACGAUGAUAUUGAAGAUGAAAGUUCCCCCGUUCUUGCACCAAAGUCUAAUACUGGUUCUUCGAAGCGUAACAAUCCUCCCAAAGAGGAACCGGUUGACAAUAGCCCCUCAAAACCUGCUGCUCCAGGAUCCGCUCGAGGAACCCCUAAUUCGACCAAGUCAGCCAAGGGAAAGAGGAAAAACAAUGAUGAGGCUAAAACAUCAAAUGGUGCUGCUACGAAGAAAGUGAAAACAGAAAAUGAGGUAAAAACUGUCAAGGAUGAACCGGCUUCUGCUGCAAAGAAUAGUGCGCCCGCUAAAGGCGCGUCGUCUUCAAAAGCCGCAGCUUCACCAUCUACUGGACCCGUCACAGAAGAUGAAAUCAGGGCAGUUCUGCUACAUAAGGCACCUGUCACCACUCAGGAUCUUGUUGCAAAGUUUAAAUCUCGGCUAAGGAACAAAGAGGACAAGGGUGCUUUUGCUGAUAUUUUGAGGAGGAUUUCCAAAAUACAAAAGACAAAUGGCCCCAGCUAUGUGGUGUUGAGGGACAAAUGAUAGGUUUGAUAGCAAACUCAGUGGUCCAGGGUCUGAUUGACGGGCCUGAUUUUGUGCGGCAAGAAAUACGAUGAGGCUGUUAGACCUCCGGAUGAAUUCACAGUUGAUUGUAGACAGGCUGAUAUAUGUCGUUUGACCAAUUAUAACUUUGCAGAUGACUUAUGGUGUACUCUUUUUUUUUUAUGCAUGUCUGUGUGUAUAAUAAACACAUUGUAAGUCAUCACCAGCAUUAGGCAUUUUGGUUUGUCA